UUUAUAGUGGUCCCUGGCAUAGUUGGUAGUCAUCGAGACUCAGCGCUGGUCUUUUCGUUUCCUGAUACCUAUUUGUGUUUGUGUUAUAAAUAAAAAUAGAACGGCGAAGAUCACACGGAUACAAAGAUUUAACAGGCCACGGCGAUACAUUAAGUCUUAAUGAUUAAGAACUAAACGCAAACAAAGAAAGAAGUUUUUUAAUUCGGGUUGGACUGUUAAAACAAUUAUUGGUUCGUUCGUUCCCUUUUUCGAAUGUCAUCGUCGGCGGUGGACGCAAUUUAUCUGAGCAAACAUAUAUAAAUAUUAGCUUUAAAAAGGGCGAUUACCAGUGUAUAUUUUACAGAUACAAAUAUUCGGAAUUGAACGAUGUCGCAAUAGAAAGUAAACAAACUGAGAUAUGCAAUCACGUACAAAUAGUGCAAGUACCUAUAUUGAAAGAGUUAAAUAUUGUGAAUUAAAAUUUCUAUUUUUCUUAUUGUUCUAACAAAACAUAUGAAAGUAUGUGUGAUACAAACAAACGAUUUUCGACUGGAAGUGGGUCUAUCAACGGAAAUACAAUCAGUGAAAAUGCCUUUGAUAAUAUUUCGAUAAAAUCGGAAGCAUCCAUCGACCAAAUAGACAGCAAAGAAUUAUUACAACAUAAUCAGCAGCUACAUCAAACUACUCAGUCGCUAUUAAUGGCCAGUACAAUGCUUGUGGGUAGCACAAAUAAUGUGGGAGGAAUCAAAAAACAAACCGAACAUGAUCAAUUGGAUCAUGGUCAUUACAGCAGUGCCAAUGUAUUUGGUUCCACAGAUUCCAUGAACUCCCAAUUCUUGAAUUAUACCACAACACCAAUGAGGCCUUCUUUGGGACAGCAAAAUAUUAUGAGCCUUACAAGUACCAUGAAUAUAAAUAUACAUGAUCUGAUUAUGGAGAACCAUGCCUUACGGGAGCAACUUAAAGAAGUCGCUGCAGAUCGCGAUCGCUUGUUAUGCGAAGUAUCGAAUUUGCGACUCGAGUUGGAUAUGGUGGAAUUAAAACGACUGCCGGAGGAAACCUUUCCUCAGAAACCCAUUGAACGCAGUGGAUCGGCACAAUAUGGUGUUGCCGGAAUUCCAGGCUCAAACACAUCCGGCUCGGAAAGCGGAGGUUAUAUUUACCUACAGCAACCAUAUGUACCAUCGACCGUAUCCACAAAUUCAGUAAAUUCAAUGAAUUAUCAUAGUGAUAAUCAGCCUGCAAUGAUCUUCCAACAGCAUCCACAAUCGUAUGCAUCGUGCCAUCAGCAGCAGCAGCAACAACAUCUGCCAAUAAAUGUGCAUGGUGGUGGUUUGCAUUAUGCUCAUCAUAUAAGCACACAUGAACAUGUACAUCAUAAAAACAUUCAUCAUGUACACGGUCAUCAUCAGCACCACUAUCACCACGGCGGAGCAGUAGUUAUGGCCGGCAGUGGAGUUGGAACUGGAACAGGUUGUGGUGGUCCUGGUACAUCCCCAUCAUCCAUUCACCAACAAAAUGUGAAUAAGAAAACAUCUAUACGUAAUGGCAGCGAAGUCUUGAAACGUUCUAGGACACAGUCAGCGUACGAACUGUCGCAAGAUUUACUUGAAAAGCAAAUCGAGUUGUUGGAACGUAAAUACGGCGGAGUGAGAGCUAGAAACGCUGCUGUAACAAUACAAAGAGCCUUUCGUCACUAUAUGAUGGUUAAAAAGUUUGCAUCUAUCACAGCAAUGGCGAAAGCCGAGAAACGCCUGAGUCGGAGGACCAUGGUUGUGGGAGCCGGUAGUGGGACGGUAGAUGACACCUUAGUCAAUACAUCUGUUUCUUCAGCCUAUGUUGGUAGUAUUGAAUCUCAACUCUCAGAUGGCUCAAAUAUUAAUUCGGCAGGAACCCAACAGCAGCAUCCCCGAGUCACUAUAAUGGCUGGUCCACCUGGAGCUGUAAGUGGUCAUCAGCCCAUGUCUUCCGGGUCGAGAACGCCACCGACACGCUCAUUAUCAAUGCGUGAGAGGCGGAAUGUGGACGGAGGUACAAUACCGCGUUGUCAGUCCGGGAUGUCCAACACUUCUAUAACCAGUUGUACUUCCGCGGGUGGGAGUGUUUCGAGUCACCCACAUGUUAAUCUGUUACAUGCAGCGGAACCCCACUAUUAUGCUGUACAAAACAUAAGUGGAAACCAAAUAGCAGCAUACUGCGGCAGUUAUCACUCUGUACAACAUGAUGCAAGUUUUACCAGCUCAACAAACAGCUCCCAUCUUGAUUCGUCUCUUAAUGUUUCGUGGGUAAAUAACAGCGGGUCGUCUCCGCACACACCUUACUAUUCAGCUGCUCAAAUAUAUAUGCGCCCCAGGGGUUCAUCAUCCUCGUCGCAGGAACGUAAAAAAGUUCCACCAGAAGUUCCUAAAAGAACUUCUUCUAUUACGGCGCAACAACAUAGCCAAAUGCAGCUACAACAACACCAAGCACAUCAGCAAAUGAUGAUAAUGCGCCAAACACCCCCGCCACCUUCGAUGAUGCGUACUAAUGGAUUGUGCAAAUCUGCUGAAAAUGGUAGCCUAACAUCAGUGCAAAGCUCAGGAAGUGACUCGAGCGCUACAUCCGUGGAACGUAAUGCGAUUAGUGAUUUGGGUUCAGAUCGAUCUAAUUCACCAAAUACGUGGAAACGUGGCACUAACCUUAAUAGUUCUCAACAGUUUGUUCACAAUUCCGAUCCAGCGUAUGCCCAUGCACAUAACUCUGCAGCAAUUGUUGCUGCUUUGGCCACGGGUACAUCAGCAGUAGAGGAUCACGCAAUUUCCUCACAUACGAGCGCUGCUCAAUAUGAACAACACGAACAACAUGAGCAAAAUCAUAUGAUUGUGCCACCAGUUCAAACACCCAAUUAUAAAGUUUCCGAAACUAUUCGCAAGCGUCAGUAUCGUGUAGGACUUAAUCUUUUUAACAAAAAGCCUGAGAAAGGAAUUACUUAUUUAAUACGACGUGGAUUUCUUGAAAAUUCGCCACAAGGCGUAGCGCGAUUUCUCAUUACACGCAAGGGCUUGUCCCGGCAGAUGAUCGGUGAAUAUUUGGGCAAUUUGCAGAAUCCAUUCAAUAUGGCGGUGCUCAAUUGUUUUGCCAUGGAACUCGAUUUGUCGGGGAUGCAGGUCGACGUGGCGCUGCGGAAGUUCCAGGCGUACUUCCGCAUGCCGGGUGAAGCUCAAAAAAUUGAACGUUUAAUGGAAGUUUUCUCGCAACGCUUUUGUCAAUGCAAUCAGGAUAUUGUUGGUCGGUUGCGAUCGUCAGAUACGAUAUUUGUACUAGCUUUCGCAAUUAUUAUGUUAAAUACCGAUCUUCACACGCCAAAUUUGAAACCAGAGCGUCGAAUGCGUGUCGAAGAUUUUAUUAAAAAUUUACGUGGAAUUGACGACUGUCAUGAUAUUGACAAAGAUAUGUUGGCUGGUAUAUAUGACCGCGUCAAGGCAAAUGAAUUCAAGCCGGGCAGUGACCACGUCACACAGGUGAUGAAAGUGCAAGCCACUAUCGUUGGGAAGAAACCAAAUUUAGCUCUUCCACAUCGUCGGCUUGUUUGUUAUUGCCGUUUGUAUGAAAUCCCUGAUAUUAAUAAAAAGGAACGUCCUGGCGUCCAUCAGCGGGAAGUAUUUCUUUUUAACGAUUUGCUAGUCAUAACAAAGAUUUUCAGCAAGAAAAAGUCAUCUGUAACGUAUACAUUUCGCAAUAGCUACCCACUCAGUGGCAUGGUUGUUACGCUAUUGGACGUACCCAAUUAUCCAUUCUGUAUUCAGUUGUCGCAAAAGGUAGACGGUAAAAUUCUGGUGACUUUUAAUGCUCGCAACGAACACGACCGCUGCAAAUUUGCUGAAGAUUUAAAGGAGUCAAUAUGUGAAAUGGAUGAAAUGGAAGCUUUGCGCAUAGAAGCCGAACUAGAACGACAAAAAUCGGCUCGAACACGUGCCACUGGUAACUCGGAGAAUCGUGAUAGUGGUGUGGCAGAUGUUGAAGUAUGCCCAUGCCCAUACCAAACUCCCCAGCCAAAUGAGCAUGCUCAAAAUACAGCCGAUUCAACGCAGCAGUUGAAAAGAAGUGCUCUCAGUAACAGUUUAUUGGAUAUACACGAACAAUUCGGAAACGAUAAACCCCAAAGGCGAGGAAGUGUUGGUUCUCUUGACAGUGGAAUGUCCAUAUCGUUUCAAUCAACAACAACCAGUAACGCAUCGCGAGAAAAUGCCGCAGUGAUUGCUGCCGCUGCCAAUGCGGCUGCUGCCAAAUUAAGACUGGUUCCUCCGGCUGCGACCGUCGGUGGGUUAUAUAUUGCGCCCGGAAUCCAAGGUUUUAAUCAAGUGAAUUACGUACAUCCACAUGCUGCUCAUAUGUUACAACAACAGCAAAUACAACAACAACAAACUCAGGCACCUGUUAGUGGUCGGAUUCCAGGACGUGAACGUAAACUUUCUCGUUCAGAAGAAAAUAGAUCUACCGAAGUCUAAAGAAUUCAUAUCUCAUAAACUAUUCUUUCUGUUUUGUAUAAAAACAUAGGCAUUGCUUUAUAAUAGUUUUGUUGGUUUUUAGUUUAAUGGUAUUGUCUUUGUAUUGAUAGGUAUAAGUUUUUUGUAAUUUAAUAAUAAUUUACCUUUUUAAAUAUAACCACUUACAUAAACUCAUAAUACUUCUAUAUAUGUACAUAAACACAUAUAUUUAUGAAAUAUAUAACUGACCUAUUAAUGUAACUGACGUUGCAGACAUACUCUGAUGCACUUUAAAUUUUGAGAAUGUCUGCAUUGAUGUAUUUAUAUCAUCAUUAUUUAUGGAAGUAUAAAAAUAAUUAUCCUAAUGGAGUGUUUUGUAAAUACAUUAAAUGACACAUUAAAAAGCAAUUGAAAUGAAAA